AUGCUGCUCUGUUUAGCCUGUGUGGACUACCGGGAACGAUUUGAGCUGGUGUACUUUUUGCAAUCGCUGGCGAUGGAGCGGACACUGGUGAUCAAGGCGGAAGUCCCGUACGAUGGGCCGUCGUUACCGUCCGUUGCGACAGUGUGGCCCGCCGCCGACUGGUAUGAACGCGAGGCGCAUGACCUGUUUGGCGUGGUUUUUGAAGGCCACCCAGAUCUGUCGCCGUUGCUGCUGUACCCCGAGUUCGAGGGGUUCCCCGGUCGGAAGGAAUACGCGUUUUACGAGUAUCGCGAGUUUUAG